CCCAGUUCCAUGAUUAAAUGAUUCAACCAACAAAAUAUCCUAAAAAACUGUUCUGAAAAAAGCGAGAAAGGGAAGAAAUUUGUAGGAUCAUUUGAGAGAGAAAGGGAAAAGAAAAAUUAUGGUAAUGGGAGAAGAGAGUCCGAGAAGCCCAGAGGCGAAGGUGGGGAUGCAAGUAGAAGAUUUAUGGGACAUUCAAGAACCGCAGCUCAGUCCUACUGAAAAACUUAAUGCUUGCUUUGAAAGCAUCCCUGUUUCUGCCUUUCCUCCUGCCCCUCUUCAUCAAGGGAUUGAGAUAAGAUCGGACAGUAGUUUAGCUGAGGCGGUUCAAAUUUUGGCUGAGCAUAAGAUUCUCAGUGCGCCUGUGGUGGAUGUUGAUGCACCUGAUCAUGCUAGUUGGAUUGAUAGAUACAUUGGUAUUGUUGAGUUUGCUGGAAUUGCUGUUUGGAUUCUUCAUCAGUCGGAACCUCCAUCUCCGAGGAGUCGUAGCGGUGGGAAUGCUCUGGCUGCAGCAACAAAUGGGGCGAUAUCUCCUUUAGAACAGCAGGUACUAGGCCCGGAAUCUGCUGCAGCCACCCCCGGAAGCUUUUUCGAAUCCUUAACUUCCUCUGAAUUGUACAAGAGCACACAGGUGAGAGACAUCUCGGGAUCUUUUCGUUGGGCCCCAUUUUUAGCUUUGCAGACAUCGAAUUCCUUCUUGACUAUGCUCUUACUUUUAUCAAAGUACAAAAUGAAGAGCAUACCAGUUGUGGACUUGGGGGAGGGAAAGAUUGAGAACAUCAUCACACAAUCAGCUGUGAUUCACAUGUUAGCAGAAUGUGCAGGGCUUCAAUGGUUUGAAAGAUGGGGAACAAAGACGGUAUCCGAGCUCGGUCUUCCAAUGAUGUCACCAGCUUCUAUUGUCAAGGUGUACGAGGACGAACCCGUUUUACAAGCAUUCAAACUUAUGAGGAAGAAGAGGGUUGGAGGUAUACCUGUUAUUGAAAAGGGUGGUAGAGCAGUAGGCAACAUUAGUUUAAGAGAUAUUCAUUUCUUGCUCACUGCACCAGAAAUCUACCACGAUUACAGAUCGAUAACGGCGAGAAACUUCCUAACUGCUGUUAGAGACUACUUAGAGAAGCACGAAGAGUCCUCUCCAAUGCUAAGCAACAUGAUUACGUGCAAGAAGGACAACACAAUAAAGGAUCUGAUUUUGAUGCUUGACUCGAAGAAGAUCCAUCGUGUGUAUGUUGUCGACGAUGAUGGCAAUCUAGAAGGAGUUAUCACUCUCAGAGACAUCAUCUCGAGGUUAGUCCACGAACCGCGUGGUUACUUUGGCGAUUUCUUUGACGGUGUUCUGCCAUUGCCUCAAAACAGUCGGGUUUGAAAACGAAAUACUUGCCAGGAGCAACAACAAGUCCUGAUAUUGGUUUCAAAUUACUUAGGAUUAACAUUUUGGGUCUCUUAAUUCAGUGUUGUGUUCGAGUGUGUUCACUAAUCCUUCGUCUUUGAUGGUUUGUUGGAUGGAUUGAACGUGCGGGAGUGUAAUAUAGACAAUGGAUAGAUAACCUGUAAAUAGUUCUCUUUGUAUUUGCCACUUUUUCUAUAAAUUUUUCGUUGGCUUUUGUUCGGUGGCAUGGCAUGACAUAAUAAGAGGAAUGGAAAAAUAACACUAAUGCUUUCGGAUGUGAUAUAUAAUUAAAUUUACGGUUGUUUUCUUA